UGUGUGAGUGCAACAUGGUGUCAAUAUAAAUAAGCAUAUCCUUUUAUUGGCAGCAUAUGUUUCAUUAAAAAAGCAUCAAGCUCACUGAGGGAAAAUAUUCUAAAUGGGAAUAUGUGCUUUUGAGAACUAUUGUGCAUUAUUACAUAGAUUUAUUACACACACAAUGCAAUACCAAUAAUAAUAAUAAUAAUAGUAAUAAUAAUAAUAAUAAUAAUCCGGCUUACUUUACAAAUCAAAUGACAAACUUUUUCAAAUUCGGGGCCCUCAAAUUAUUAUUCGCAUCAUGCAGCUGCUUGGCCGGUGCUUCAGAAAGAGAGAGAGUGCAGGCUACGACCCAAACCACCAUCAAGGGUAAAUGUUCUCACGGCGCAAAUACUGUAUAUGGUGUGAAAUAACUGAAAUUAAACGAGUCCUUAUUUUCCUGAGGGACCCCUGGAGGGUCCCGGACUCCGUGUCUCCUUGUAGCAGAUGUAUGAGGAUGAGUGGCGGAGUUAGAGGGGAGGGUACAACAACACUCUCCUGCCCUCCCUUCGCCUUCCAUCCCCUCGCUCUUAUUGGCCUGUAGCACACGCUCCUCUGGGCCAAUCACCGAGGACAGAGCGCGCUCCAUCCGGUGUGUGCAGUAGCGGUGCAAGCAGAGCAUCGCCAGGCCAGCAGUGUCUGCUCAGUGGCUGCUGCUAUGGUGCGUGGAGCAUCGAGACGUUAGUGGUGAGAUUAACGUCCCGGUUUAGACUUAACGCCGAACAGAGUCGCGGAAGUAAACAAAAGGGGGACUUACGCAUUGGAGAAUAUGAACAAAGUGGACGCACCAUGUCGACCCGCCGCCUCUCUGAAAUUCACUAUUGAUAACAUCCUCAACCUGAAAACCAGCGGGAGGACCUGUGACAGUUGUCACCCCGCGGGACUGCAGGAUGACUCGGCCACGGCGAUGCGUAAAGACGGUUUCCAGAGCCACCUCGAGGAGCACGGAGCCCAGCAGAGACAGGAUCCGGACAGCAGGCUCAAAGAAAGUGAAUGUAGCACAGACUGCCACGGAGCAACGGACUCGGUGAUCAUCAGCCGCGGAGACCCGAUGAAGGCGACGGAGGUGCGCUUCGAGAGCGGGGACAGCAGCUGCGACGACAGCAGUUCCACCACCACGGCCACAGACCCCCACAAAGGAGGCAGCCCCGCCAAGAAAAACAAAAUGAUCACGAAAAAGAAAACGCGCACUAUUUUUUCCAAGAGACAGAUUUUCCAGUUGGAGUCUACCUUCGACAUGAAACGCUAUCUGAGCAGCGCAGAGCGCGCCUGCCUCGCCAGUUCUCUCCAGCUCACGGAGACCCAGGUGAAAAUAUGGUUUCAGAACCGCAGGAAUAAAUUGAAACGGCAAAUCUCGACUGAAAUCGACGGACCCGUUACCGAUUUCCCCGAGACUGGAAAGCCCGUGGUGGUGGGGCAGCUCCCGGCCUUGUACAAAGAGAGCAACCUGCUGGGGAGAUGCCUGCUGCCCAUGCCUCUGCCCGUGGUAUACCCGGGGAGUAGCACGCCUUACCUCUGCUUCUCAAACGCCAGCAAGUACUUCAGCCUGUAUGACGGGGACGUAUGAUGGUUUCACUAAUUCUCCACGUGAAAGAGACACUUUUUGGUGGUCUGUUGCCAAGUUUCAAGCAUUUAAGGUGUUUAGAUGGUGGGGCCGGACCUGCGUCCUAAACUGGUUAUGAAGACUGCAAGUAGCCUACAAUGACAGAGGAGUAGUUACAUAUCACAUAAAAAUAAGCCGAUUCGGUAUUAUUUAUUUUUCAGUCAAAUUUAUGGGUUUUAUAGGCCUAACACUAAACCUGCUAUAGUUACACAUAGCCGUUUAUAGAAAUAGCAGGCUAAGCUAAUGAUAGCCUGAGGGAGGCCUACAACAGCAUCAACCCCAACAUUUUAUUGUUUACAUAAUUCAUUAUUAUUAUUAUUAUUAUUAUCAUCAUCAUCAUCGACAACCGCAUUUCCAGCAGCCUAAGCCACCAAAGAAAUUACUAGGCUAUACUUUAGCUAUUUGCAUGCAUUUCCUGUAUCAUAAUGAAUUUUUUGAAUUACUGAAAUUAUCUAUGUAUUUAAAUGAAUGUAAUUAACAUUUUAUUUUAUGUUUCACGCAUGUCUAUUUUUUUUCUGAGUAUCCUACUAUGCUUACUUUAUUCCACGUUUGCCUAUAGGCUCAUUACACCAUUUACUGAAACUGUAAUUAAAACAUCUUCAUUCAAGAAAUAUUUUA